GACCCCAAGCAAGCGUCGUCAUCGCGCGCUCUGCUUGGGCCCAGCUUAUUAUUCCUCGUGCACACACACAUCACCAUCACCACCACCGCCACCACCAGCCUCGAGCUCGUGAGCCAGCUUCCUGGCCUUCAAUGCAUCCCCCUGGGCCCCGGAUGCACCGCACAGCGCCUGCUGCUGCCCGCCUGCCGUGAUGCUCGCCCAGAACCGCCGCCUCCGCCACCUCCAGGGCAUCUACCUCCGCAACCUCUCCCUUACCCGCCCCCGCGACAGGCCCGCCGACGAUCUCGAGGCAGACCUCAGCAAGCCUUCCAAGCUCGAUGCCCUCCCCGAGGACGCCUCCGCGAUUGCCUCUGGCCAUGCUCUGCCCGGCUCCGGCCCCGUCCUUCACCACUCGCAGUCCUCCGAGAGCUUGCGCCCACGGCCCAAGACACUCCGCCGCCGCAGCACCCUCGCCGGCGCGAACCCCCUCACGCGCCAGCGCCAGCUCGAGCACUCAGUCGACGCCAGAGCUGCCGACAUCUUCUUCUCGAUCCACUGCGAGGGCCUCGAGGACCCCGUCUACAUCAGCGAGCUUGUCGAGCGCUCUGUAAACGCAAACUUUGCCGCCUUCGACCUCUCCCAGGCCGGCCCGGCCGUCACGCGCCUCCCCGAGCUCAAGGUCAAGAUAUGGGCACGCCGUCGUGGCAGCUGGUCCCUUGUCCUUGCCCAGCAUGUCGACCUGCGCGCGCUCAACUACCUAGACAGCUUGCGCAACCGUCACUUCCCACCAAACUGCCUAGUCUUCCACCUCGCAGAUGGCAUGUACUGCCUCGACCUCUCGAGCAAGCGACCUAAGCCGAAGCAGCAGCCACCGCUGGCCACGUCGUCCUACAAUGCCCUUAUGAAGCUGUCCAACCUUGAGAAUUCCAUACAGGAUGCCUUGGCCACCCGAGAAAAGCUAACCGCCCAGAUCAAUGCGAUUCUCGACGACACCCCUGUAGAUCCAGUCCCGGAAGCUCAGGAGUCCGCCGCCUUGGCCUCGAAAUACGUUCUCGCCCAAGGCCGCGCAGUCAAUGCGGCUCAGAUACGGCGCCAGCAGCUGCAGGACUCCAUCAAGGCACGGCGGGAGGCAAUGGCUGAAGGAACAGCCGCUCAGACCGCGGCUGACGCCGACGUCAAGCACGCCGAAACCAAGCUAGGCCCGAGCCUCGCUUCGCUCGGCACGAUUCGCGAGAGUAUACACGGCCAGCGGCAUCGUAUAUGUGAGGAUCUGUCACGCAUAUUCGCCAUUACUCCAGACCCUUCCGGCACACCAUUGUCCUUUCGCAUAUGCGGCAUCCAUCUCCCGAAUACGGACUACGACCCAACAUCCUCCUCUGCUACUGAGGACGCCCUCUCCGCGGCACUUGGCUACGUCGCACAGCUCGUCAAUGCGCUGCAAUAUUACCUCUCCGUCCCACUUCCGUACCCAAUCCAGCCGUUCGGUUCACGCAGCAGUAUUCGCGACGACAUUUCAGUCAUUGCCGAUGCCCAGCGCGACUUCCCCCUGUUCCUCCGUGGAGGUGCCACGGCGCAAUAUCGCUUCGACUACGCUUGGUUCCUGCUCAACAAGGACAUCGAGACGCUCUGCGCGUCUGCCGGCCUCAAGGUCGUGGACAUUCGCCACACCCUGCCGAACCUCAAAUACCUCUUGUACGUCUGUAGCGCGGGCACAGAUGAGGUCCCCGAGCGUAAGCGUGGCGGCGUCCGCGGCUUGUGGGCAGGCAGGAUGAAAGGCCGACUUCCUGCCGGCGGAGGCGGCGGACCGCUCUCGCCCUUGGCCGGUAUAGUCACCGAUGACGCCGGGAGCAGUAUCGAUGGCGACUCGACCACAGCAAGUCGCAGAGCCAGUAUCGACAGCGACAUGGGCGGCGCCGCGGCGCGACAAGCGGAGCAGCUGCGACAGGCCGUUGCGAGGGGGGCGGCCGGAAGCGGGAUGAAGACCAACCACGCGGAGCACACCAUCAAUACCAGCACAAACCAUCACUCAUUGACGUCCAGCAGCGGCGUGCGCGCAAAGAGCCUCCUCAUGCCAAUCAGCCCCGUGUCGUCGCCGUCAGUCUCGGUAUCGACCUCGCCGCCCGUGUUCGACAUACCCUUUGCCGACGGCGCGACCAUGACGCUGCGGACCAAGGGGUUGAGGGAGAACGUGGGUGCCUGACAGCCCUGAUUGUAAAGAGG